AUGAAGCACAUGGAGACAGACAAUAAAACAGUAGUAACUACAUUUAUUCUUCUCGGAUUUGGGAAUGCCCCUGGACUUCAGAUUCCUCUCUUCCUGCUUUUCCUAAUAAUUUACUGUCUGACCAUUGCUGGAAAUAUCAUCAUCAUUGUGUUAAUAAUCACGGAUCAUCACCUUCACACCCCCAUGUACUUCUUCCUUGGAAACUUGUCCUGUUUGGAGACCUUCUACACUUCAACCCUUCUCCCCAGGUUGUUGGUCAAUUUCCUGACAGGGGACAGAACCAUUUCAGUUGGGGGGUGCUAUAUCCAGCUUUACUGUGUUGGUUCACUUGAGACUGCUGAAUGCUACCUACUGGCAUCAAUGUCAUAUGAUCGGUAUUUGGCAAUAUGCAACCCCCUCCAAUAUGCCACUCUCAUGAGCAGAAGACUCUGCUUUCUGUUGUCUGCUGUGUCUUGGCUUUGUGGGAUGACAGCUAUGACUUUAGUAAUCAGUUUGAUGUCAAAGCUGAAAUACUGUGGCCCCCAUGACAUUGACCAUUUCUUUUGUGACUUGAUGCCAGUGAUUAAUCUAUCAUGCAGUGACACAACUCUGGUGACACUGGUGGGCCUUGCAGUAUCUUUCAUAGAUAUUGUUCCUUCUUUUCUUCAGACCCUGCUGUCUUACUUUUGUAUAAUUGUUGCGAUCGUACGAAUCCCCUCUUCAGAUGGGAGGAAAAAGGCCUUUUCCACUUGUUCUUCCCACCUCAUUGUAGUUUCCAUAUUUUAUGGUUCAUUGAUAUUUGUAUAUGUGCUACCACAAAAAGAAGCUCUAAGAGAAGUGGACAAGAUCUUCUCAGUCUUCUACACAGUCUUAACCCCUCUAAUUAAUCCUCUUAUUUAUAGUCUAAGAAACCAAGAGGUAAAAAAAUCUUUUAAGAGAGCUGUAAACAAGUGUAGGAUUUCCAAGUGA